UUAGGAUCCCCUCCUUUCCCCUCUCCUCCUAAUUCCAAGGGAAAGAGUUCAAAGGUGUCUUCCAUAGACACUCCUCUUUCCCAUCCCUACCUCACAGAUGCAGUAAGAAGCCUCAGGUGAGAGAUGGCAGGCUCUGGUGAGCGCAAAGGCAAGAAGGAUGACAAUGGCAUCGGCACGGCCAUUGAUUUUGUGCUCUCCAACGCCCGGCUGGUGCUGGGGGUGGGCGGGGCAGCCAUGCUGGGCAUCGCCACGCUGGCCGUGAAGCGGAUGUACGAUAGGGCGAUCAGCGCCCCCACCAGCCCCACACGCCUGAGCCACUCGGGGAAGAGGAGCUGGGAAGAACCCAACUGGAUGGGCUCACCCCGACUGCUGAAUAAAGACAUGAAGACAGGCCUGAGCCGCUCCCUGCAGACCCUUCCCACAGAUUCCUCGGCCUUCGACGCAGAUACAUUCUGCCCACCCCGGCCCAAGCCGUUGGCCAGGAAGGGCCAGGUAGACUUGAAGAAGUCACGACUGCGCAUGUCCCUGCAGGAGAAACUUCUUACUUACUACCGGAACCGAGCGGCCAUCCCUGCGGGUGAGCAGGCGCGGGCCAAGCAAGCAGCCGUGGACAUAUGCGCCGAGCUCCGGAGCUUCCUGCGGGCCAAGUUGCCUGACAUGCCGCUUCGGGACAUGUACCUGAGUGGCAGCCUCUACGAUGACCUGCAGGUGGUGACAGCUGACCACAUCCAGCUCAUCGUGCCCCUGGUGCUGGAGCAGAACCUGUGGUCGUGUGUCCCUGGCGAGGACACCAUCAUGAACGUCCCUGGCUUCUACCUGGUUCGCCGGGAGAACCCAGAAUAUUUUCCUCGUGGAAGCAGUUACUGGGACCGCUGUGUCGUAGGGGGCUACCUUUCCCCCAAGACAGUGGCAGACACGUUCGAGAAGGUGGUGGCUGGCUCCAUCAACUGGCCAGCCAUAGGGUCCCUCCUGGACUAUGUGAUCCGGCCCGCACCACCCCCAGGAGCCCUGACUUUGGAAGUGCAGUAUGAGCGGGACAAGCAUCUCGUCAUUGACUUCCUGCCGUCAGUGACCCUCGGCGACACCGUCUUGGUAGCCAGACCGCACCGGCUGGCGCAGUAUGACAACCUGUGGCGGCUGAGCCUGCGGCCCGCGGAGACGGCACGCCUGCGGGCUUUGGACCAGGCCGACUCGGGCUGCCGAUCUCUGUGCCUCAAGAUCCUCAAGGCCAUAUGCAAGUCCACUCCGGCUCUGGGCCACCUCACUGCCAGCCAGCUCACCAACGUCAUCCUCCACCUGGCCCACGAGGAGGCUGACUGGUCUCCGGACAUGUUGGCCGACCGCUUCUUGCAGGCCUUGAGGGGACUCAUCAGCUACUUAGAGGCCGGAGUCCUGCCCAGUGCCCUGAACCCCAAGGUGAACUUGUUCGCAGAGCUCACUCCUGAAGAAAUAGAUGAAUUGGGAUAUACUCUCUAUUGCUCAUUGUCCGAGCCGGAGGUGCUGCUGCACACGUAGGGCAGGUGAAGGCCAAAGUGGACGUCAGGGGUCAGACCCUGGCUUCUCCGUUAGAAACACGUGGCUGCAGAGCGGUGCCUCCCGGGGCCCCUGGGUGCCUCCCGUCUUGUCGGUCAUCGCCCCGGUCACCUCAUGCUGAUUAGAAUGCCAUCUCUGCCUCCUCUUCCUCACCCUCCCUCACCUUUCUAUUUUUGUUACCAAACACUGUGCUCCUCCUCCUCCCUGCCCCCUUGCUCCAGGCCGACUUUUCUGGAAUGAAUUGAGAAGGUGAAGCACCUGCCUGACCUGAGCUGCUGUUUCGCAAUUCGGCCCAGGUUUUCUGCUCCCGUCUGCCCUUUGGCGGCCCGUUUCUUCCCAGGUCUCCUCUGUCAUUUCCUCUUGUUCACGCCUUCUGUCUUGCCUUCUUCCCCUGGAGCAUAUCUGCCCAGUCAAGGUGUUGCCUUUGCGUUGAAUGUCACUGAAGAGUUCUGAUCGCACGUACCCGAGCUGAGCUCUGCGGAGUGAGCGCUCAGACAGUAUUUAGAGUUUCUGGGGCUAAAGCUGGUGGAAGAGCUGGCCCUCGGGCCGGGUUCCUGGAGAAGCAGCCCAUGCCCCCCACUUCCGGACCAGCUCAGAUUCCCAAGUGCUGAGAAGGUCCCUCCUGGGGCCACUGUUAGGGACCCACGCAGGAGUGAGGCUCAGGAUAAACUGGCUGCAAAGGUGCCUGGAGAUUGUGGGUUUUAGUGGCCAUCUGUGAGAGCGCGGUGGGCGAGUUGGGGGUGGUGAGGAGGGCCUGGGGAGGGCGUGUGUCCCUGAUGUCUACACCUCCCCCUUGGCUGGUCUGGAUCAGCGUGCUGCGUGAGCAGCCAGAGGAGGCUGAGGGAGGGAAGGGGCUGCCGGGGCGCCACCCCCUGCACCAGCGCGGCAGUUCAGCCCCUUCCUUGCCUUCUUGCCAAUUAGGACAAGGCCUUCAAGGAUAUGGCCUUCGUGGUGGAGGUUGAGGGGAGGCUUGGUGACCGUGUUGUUCCCCCGUCAGUCCCUGCCUCUCUAGGGUGUCACCUUAGAGCAGGAACCGGCCCACGGCCAGCCCUUCCUUCCCCAGCUUCUGCUAUAGGAGUGUGAGAGCAGUGCGUGCUGAGCCCCCCAGGCACCGCCAAAGGGCCAGCAGACUUGCACUGACCUCUUCCCCGUCCCGUCUCCGCCCGCACCUGGGGAGACUGGUGCUACGUAGGGCCAGCGCGUGUGGAUAAAACCCGGAUGAGAGGGGGCGCAGCUUCCUCCGCCCCCCCUCGUUUCCCGCUGCUAAAACCGCGCUGUGCGCACUGCAACGUGCAGUGUCCUGCGGGCGGGGAGGACUGUUAAUACCCAGCGUCGGUGCGUCUUGUGUUGCGCUUUUCUCCUGUUCGUGGCAAGAAGCCAAUAAUAAUUCUGUUUCUGAUCUGCCCAUGCAGUAUUUUGUUCUCCCAUCAAGUUUUAUUAUUUUUUCUAUUCUUACUACCUCUCCAUCAGUGAGAUUCCGGUGAAGCUCCCCGCAGCUGUCUCAUUCCUUCCCAAGGACAGCAGCAUGAAGUGACUCUAAAUAGCACUGAUCCCUCAGCUACCCUUUGAAUUUAGGGUAGACGUUUCCUGUCCCCUUUUUGUCAUGGAUUAGGAUUGCAAACCAGGGUUAACCUUGGCUGUGUUGGGAACAUUUUCCUGCUUCUCUCCUGUGUAUGCAGAGGUUCCUUAAAGUGGCUCGGGUGUUCUCAUUUGUAUGAAGCUCCUGAGAGAAUGAAAAAUAGAAAGCCCAGAACCCUGAGAGAUUCUCCACCCUGGCUGUUCUUCAGAAUCAAGUUAGAGUUGACAGGACAUCUCUGUGCCUGAGUGCAGCCUGAGGUGACUGGCGCCGAGGGGGUGGGGUGGAGCCUGGCCUUGGGGGUUCCGGUGCACCCAUCUGGGAGCCGUUAGAGGGAAGGGAGAGGGGAGGUUGCAAAAGCAAGGGCUAGUCUUCAUUGACGUAAAGGGGUUGGUUUUCCCAGCGUGUUGUAGAAUCUAGUUUUCUCAAGCUGGCAUCUCUGACCAAAUUCCGUAGAAAGCUUUGGACAUUGGAGGGAGAGCUGGGAAAAAAAAAAAAAAAAAGAUUUUCAAGACUUUAAGUCCCAAAUGAUCAAAGCCAAGUGUAAUGGCGAUUUGCUUUUAUCUCCUCUCUUAAAGAGCAACACGAGGGCAUCUCUGUCUCUUAACUAUGUUUCACAAAACCAAAAACCGUGACUUUCCCACUUCACAAAGCAGGAGCCACCUGGAAGUCCUCAGAACAAGAAGCAGUGGGAAUUCUUGGCUCUGGUCCUAGUGGAUUUGCGGCUGCAGACUGGACAAGCCUCGUAAAACAUGGAAGGCUGUCCGGUGUUUUGAGAUUAUUGGAUGGAAGAGGGCAGCAUUCUGCACCCCACUCCCAAUUUUUUUAAUCUUUGGGGAAGGACGUCAUGUCUUUCCCUGCCAUUCUGCCUUUCUCCUCAGUAACUCCCACCUUUGCCUGAAGUAAUGGCAUCUGCUCCUACUUCUCUGGAAAAUUUUUUUGCACCAUUUACAUUAGCAAACCACCGAGUUAGCCUCACGCUUAAGAAUAUACUCACCGUCUCGAAAACAUCAUCAGUUCUGGAGUAUAUCUUGUUUUUGCCUCUUCCUAAAAAAAAUGAGUCCAGGAUAACAGUAUUUUUAUGAUAUGCUUUGUUGUGACUUUUCCCCCCUCAAAUAAAUAAUCAAAAUUAA